AUGGACUUGAUUACUUAUGUUCCAUUGUGGACUGGACUGCCAGAAGGAGACAGAGACACCAACACCAUAGGAGGAGGAGGCGCAGGAGCAUCUGUGAUGAUGCGGAAUGGAAAUCUGGAUUGCAUCGGAUUAUGGGUUGAUCAGAACGGUUGUGCUAAUUUCAGCAGUGUGCAGAGCGCAGUGGAUGCAGCUCCUGAUCAUAGCCCCCAUUCGACUCUUAUACUUGUUGAUUCGGGCACUUACAGGGAGAAAGUAAUUGUGCCUGCAAACAAGACCAACUUAAUUCUUGAAGGUCAGGGCUAUCUCAAUACAACCAUUGCUUGGAAUGACACUGCAAAUACCACUGGAGGAACUAUUUAUAGCUCCACAGUUGCCAUCUAUGCUCCCAAUUUCAUAGCUUUGCACAUCAGCUUCGAGAACACUGCUCCUCCACCUUAUCCCGGCGACCGUGGAGGCCAGGCUGUGGCGCUUAGAAUAUCAAGUGAUCAGGCUGCAUUUUACAACUGUGGAUUCUAUGGAGCACAAGACACCCUCAAUGAUGACCACGGAAGGCACUAUUUUAAGGACUGUUUCAUUCAAGGGUCUAUUGACUUCAUCUUUGGAAAUGCUAGAUCACUCUAUGAGGGUUGCACAAUAAAUUCCACAGCGAAGGAAGUCUCCGCAGAGUAUGUAAGUGGAAGCAUCACAGCACACGGGAGGUCAUCCAUGAUCGAGAAUACGGGUUUCUCUUUUGUGAAUUGCAGCAUUGGAGGAACUGGGAGAGUUUGGCUCGGACGAGCUUGGGGGACUUAUGCCACCGUGGUUUUCUCCAGGACCUAUAUGUCGGAUGUUGUGGCACCGGAUGGAUGGAAUGACUGGAGAGACCCCUCUAGAGACUCGUCUGUGGUUUGA